CGGCGUUGCCACGCAGGCAGCGCGCGGGGCGGGCGGCGCAUGCGCGCUGGGGGCGCGUCGCACGCAUGCGCGGCGGCCCCGGAAGCGGCGGGCGGCAGGGUGACACGUCGCAGCGCCGCGCCGGGGGGGCCGCGCCUGGGCCGGGCCGCGGCAGGGUGCGGGAGAUGUCCGGCUUUGACAGCUUCACCACGGACUUCUUCCAGACCGGCUACAGCAUCGACGAGCAGGCCCAGCACUACGACUACGGCGGCGGCGGCGGCCGGGCCUACGGCAGGCAGUAUGGAGGCUACGACUACUCCCAGCAAAGCGGAUUCGUCCCUCCGGAGAUGAUGCAGCAGCAGCCGUACACGGGGCAGAUUUACCAGCCAACACAGACGUAUACUCCAACCUCUGCACAGUCUUUUUAUGGAAGUAACUUUGAGGAUGAGCCUCCUCUAUUAGAAGAAUUGGGGAUCAAUUUCGACCAUAUCUGGCAGAAGACACUAACAGUGCUGCACCCACUAAAAGUAGCAGAUGGCAGCAUCAUGAACGAGACUGAUUUGGCCGGACCAAUGGUCUUCUGCUUAGCUUUUGGAGCCACGUUAUUACUGGCUGGUAAAAUCCAGUUUGGUUAUGUGUAUGGGAUAAGUGCAAUCGGAUGCUUAGGGAUGUUUUGUCUCCUGAACUUAAUGAGCAUGACAGGCGUCUCAUUUGGCUGCGUUGCCAGUGUCCUUGGAUACUGUCUUCUUCCUAUGAUCCUACUUUCCACUUUCGCAAUUGUGUUUUCAUUGCAGGGAGUGAUGGGAAUUAUUCUCACAGCUGCAAUCAUCGGCUGGUGCAGCUUUUCUGCUUCCAAAAUCUUCAUUUCUGCCUUAGCAAUGGAAGGACAGCAACUUCUAGUAGCAUACCCCUGUGCUUUAUUGUAUGGAGUCUUUGCUCUCAUUUCUGUGUUUUGAAGAGACUGUCCAAAUUGUUGGACUCCAGUGGGCCAAAAUGAAGACAUCAACUUGGAGUACUUAGUUGGACCAGACACGGCUGCAAACACCUGUAUAGUGUUGCUAUCACAAAACUUAGACCAGGUUUAAAUCAUCUGGAACAAAUGUCUUGUGUUCACUUUUUUAGGACUUUGAAUACUGUUCUCAAUUGACCUGAGGUGUCUAUAGCUUUAAUAAGUGUUCAUGCUUAUCAAGUUAAUGUAAUUUCUUUCCCAUUCCUAUAUCUUUAGAAAAGUAACUUUUAGUUGUUUAUUUGAGCUGGUGGGGGAGUAGGGGGGAGGGUUUGUUUUUUUUGUUUUUUUUUCAGGGGAGGGAGGGAGGAGGGAUGCAGUUACAGAUUGAAAGAUUGUUAUCAGUAGAAGUUAACAAAACCACAGAUGAUGUGGAUUUGGAAGUUCUCUUUGAAUAAAUCUGCAGUAAUAACCCAUUUCCUCUCCCCUCUUGCCAAAAGGAAAAUGCACAGAAGAACACAAACAAUUAUUUCUAUAUUUUAACAGACACACACUUACGCUGUUUGGUUUCAUUUACUUGUUCAUUUGAUGUGAUAGUAAUUCAAGACGUAAGAUACUGAAAUUAUGAAUUAGGAAACAGAUGCUCUAAAAACUAAAAGGAUCUGCAAUUCUGUCACAUUUGAAAUAUGAAUACAUUUGGAUGUCUAAGUAGCUAUAUGUUAACUUGAACUUCUGAAGAUGACUUCAACUAGAGGAUUUUCCCCUAAUGGUGCACAUAGUAGACAAAGAGUAAUCUCUUUUGCAGUACUUCCAAGAAAAACACCAUUUUGAAAAUGUUAUGCUUGCCAGUAUUGUAGUUACUGUAAAAGUAAGGUAUAUUGAUUAAAUUUUCCUUAAAUUUUGAGAAUGUUGUUUGAGUUUUCCAAUCUUUACUUUUGAACGGACAUCGGUUAUUAAAAUAGGAACUUUCAUAUGGAAGCAAAAUCAUAUUUAAAAAUGUAUUCAGUUAGUGGAUUUGAUAUUUGCUUCAGCCAUACAUACUUAAUUUUACAUUACAAAUAUAAUCUAGUUUGUGAUACCAGAUGCUUACAAGAAGUCUUAUAAGUGUAGGAUGUAGGAAAGCAAAAAUGCUUGGUCUUCACAGAAGCACUUGCUAAUUCUCAAAAGCAAGAAAACAACUUAACUCAAUGGAAAGGGAAGAUAGUCUUUUUUUCUUUCCCUUGGAAAUGAAGAAGCUCUAUCAAAAUGCUAGAUUAUAACUACCAUUUUUCAGCAAUUUAAUCUAAGGGACAAUUUAAUCCAGGGGAUUAAAUUCAGUAAAUUCAUUUCACUGAAUUUACUGAAGGUGUUAGUCCGAUGCUCAUCUGUCAGGUUUGUGGAAUAAUAUAUUCAUAGAUUUUAUGUGUUAUGUUAACACCUUGUAAGACUCAGUCCGUGAAUGGGUCUUACAUCAAAGGAAAGCUACCAUGAGUGAAUAAUUUCACAGACCAGUGCAUGUUAUUGUUCACUCUUCCUUUAGUUCUUCUCGUUCUCCUAAAAAAUAUAAAAAUAAAAAAAAAAUUCUUCCUAGUCCCACUAGAAGUUACUGAAGAGGUCCCCUUCUUUGGUUGGAGCUAACUUUGUUGUGUUCCUGGGAGCUGUGGGAAGUGCUGAAUGAGUGUGAAAGCAUCAAGAACUAAACACUGAUGCAGAAAACUGUUUUGACUUACGUACUGUGUCUGGCUGUUGUAAUGAAUUUUAAAACUCAUAAAAAAAAAUUCAAUUUCCUUCAAGAAUUUGAUUCAAGAGCCCAGAUAAUUUUAUACUUUGAUACUUUAUUAUGAGUUAUCAUCCUAAAUAAAACAGUUGAGUUUAUUUUA